AUGUCAGCGCCGAUGUCGAGUAGGAGUUUUGACGGCGAAGCAGAGGGGGACGACCGUGCCCCGCCCCGGGUCAAGCGAAAAGGGGGGCGGCCCAAGGGAGCGCCCAACAAGAAGCCAAGGAAAGCAGCGGGCGGGAGCAUUGCGAGGAACAUGACCGCGGCUCAGCUGCAGCAGCUGGUCGAGCUCGCUCAGUCAAAGGGGCUCCGAAGGUCUCCCGAACGUGAAGGCGAUGGUGAUGGUGAGGACGGCAACAAUGCCCCUGAAGAUGAUGGUAGUAGCGGGAGGAGCACCCUGGAGUUGCUUGCCGACGAGGCGGGCAUCUCCGUUGGUGCAGGUGUCGGACGCGGAGGCAACAGCAACAACAACCGGCCCACGAACGACGACCCUUGGCAUAGCGCUGGACUGGAGGGAGGAGAGACUGAUGGCGACAACGACGACGAUAUCGGCGACGAUAUCGACGAUAUCGACGAAAAUUUCGGAGAUCUUGACGACGACGACGUGCCCUUCGGUGCGGAGAUCAGGACCGCCGAGAAGCGGAUUCGCGAGCUCAGACGGAAGCAGCGGCGGCAGCUCAAGCGCCAGCGGAUGGAGCACACACUAGAAGACGAGGCAGAGCGGGAAGCGGCUGCGCUGGACGCCGCUCUUGCUGCCGUCUACGGGCCGGAAGGACGGCCGUCCGACCUCCUGAGCGCCGCCAAGCAGCGCAAGAGCAGCAGAGCGGAUAUAGCAUCGCCGAUGGUAGACGGCCGAGUGCAGGACGAGGGCCAGGAGGAGGCGGACCCGCAGGUGCAGCAGCGGGUACCCCCGGCUCCUUACGGCCGACCCGAGGUUGGCAGCAGCGUCGACGACGACAACAGCGUCGAGGAGAAGUUCGAAUUUAAUUAUCUUUUCCGGGGGAUGGGGAUCGGGGACGCGGGCAAGCAAGAACGGGGGGAAGAUCAGCUGCCGGACGCUAUCGAAGUGAUCGACCGCCUGGAUGAGCUGCUGGCUCUUGACCCGCCGAGCGAAUCGAACGCCAGGUUGCCGUACCCGGAGGCCGAGCCGGACGAGGAGACGGUUCGCUUGAUGCAGGCGAGGGGGAUGAUGAUGGGUUUGGAGCGACAGAUGUCCGAGGACGAUCAGUUGCUUAACCCCGAACUCCGGCAGGUGUUGGUGGUCAUCGGGAAGCAUUUAAUCAGAGAUCAGGUGACGGUAGAGUAUGCGUCCCGUAUUAGACGGCUUGUGCAAGGGCUCAAGUCCGGGCGGCUGCAGCCGGACCUGGUGUGCUUUACGGGGGGCACCGUGAGGGACAACAGGGUCGCGGAUGCCUCCGCGGGGUACAUCUUCUUCCGCCACCUGUGCGAGCAACACGAGGCAAGGGGGGUGACGUUCAUCGAUCAAUUGUGGACUGAAAAUACCACAGAGAGCUGUGUGUGA